GUAUGCAGAAUCCACCACGGAGGACACAGCCGGGUCUUCAUACCAAGAGUACAGCAUCGAGGCGAUCGGGAUCGAGAAGAGGACCAACUUCUAUCCAAACUUCCCCAGCGAGCCGUGGACGAUAGUGAAGUACACCAUCAGCCUGAGCCGUGCCAGUUUCUACUAUUGGUUGCUGAUCAUCUUCCCGACCGUGCUCAUCACAUACCUCUCCUUCGGCGUGUUCUUCAUGUCGCACGAG